GUCCAUAUAGGCUAAAGGCUGUAGCCCAAAAGGCCCUUGAUAUGAGUGAGCUGACAUCCCAUCAGGCAGGCUCACCGCCAUUUUGCUUUGCUUCUUUUACCACUUUUCUCACUUAAAUUUCUCCGAUGACCCCUGCCCUGCUGCUCUUGCGAUCAUCCACCUCUGCAAUUCCGCUCCACAUUUUCCCUCCCGGACAAGUAGAAUUUUGAAGUUGGAAGAUGGAACCUCGAAGAAAAAAAAAUCGUAAGCAAAAGCAGCAGAAACGACAUUAUAAUGGGAAUAAUAGUAAGCUAAUUAGUGUGAAUGUGAAUUGGGCAGAACUCCCUAGGGUUGUACUUGAGAUUAUUUUCGAGGGAUUGUCUGUCGUUGAUUGCAUCUCGGUUAGUAAUGUGUGCAAGCCAUGGAGAAAUGUUUUCUCACCAGAUGUUUCUUGUUGGAAAGGCAGUGGCAUCCCAUCCUUAAUAAUGUCUGGUCAACAUAGAAGAGAGAAGAGAACUUGCAUCAGCAUGAUGGAGAAACGAGCUUGGGAGAUGGAGCUACCUGAGGCACAUAAAAAAUAUUGUUGGGGUUCAUUUCAGGAUUGGUUGAUUCUAGUGGAUGAUUCUGUAUAUCUGUCGGUUGAAAUCAGUUUGUUGAAUCCGUUCACCAGAAGCACAAUAAACCUACCUAGAACAUGGGACGACUAUCACAAGAUAGUCCUCUCAGGACUUCCUUAUCAAAAAAACUUUGUUUGCAUGCUUUUGCACAAUGAACGACGGGAGAUUGCCUUUUGGGUCCCAGGAGCUCAAUCAUGGAAUAAAUUUAAACUUGUUGGUGAGCCAUUUGAGGAUGCUAUUUUCUACAAUGGAAGUUUCUAUCUCUUGAGCAAGGAUGAUGAAGUUUGCCAACUUGAUGCUGCUAGCAUUUUUGCUGCCAUUAGUGGAGAUAAUGCUUUGGCUGAUGCUUCGGCUGAUUCUUCUGUACCUGAAAUCAAAAUUCAGUCCCAUAAAGUAAGUAUCGUGUCAGAGAACCCUACAAAUGAUAAUGUCAUGAGGUAUCUUGUGGAGUCUCGUGGAGAGCUUUUGCUAGUUUGUAGGUUUUUCAGUACUAGUCCUGGUGCUAUACUUGAAACACGAAAAUUUGAAGUCUAUGUGUUGGAUAUUGGGGAGAUGUCUUGGAAAAAGGUUGAACAUUUGAGGGAUCGAGUAUUAUUUCUAGGUAAAUGUUGCUCAAGAUCCUUCUCUGUGAAGGAACUUGGGGUCCCAAUGACCAAUCGUAUUUACUUCUCCAAUGAUAAUGUUGCUCCUUGGUGGAAUGAAUGGGAUUCUGGUUAUCUUCAAGGAAUGUCAUCUCGUAUGCGAUUGGAUAAUUCUGGUAGGAAACAUUGGGGCAUCUUCUGGCUUGGAAAUAAAGACAAUCACAACUUUUGCUUCCGGGGUGAUCGUGACAAUUGGGGACCCAUCUGGUUCACUGCACCUCUUUGGUGGUACUGUAACAAUUUCCUUACUUACUGAUAGUAAUUCUGGCUCAUGUUGAUCUUGGCAGGUAAUGUAGGGGCCUGUAACAGAAGUCGAAAUAUGCAGUCAUGUGCUUUAUUAGCAAAACUCAAAUGGAGAAAGCUUGUUUUGGGUAAGGAGCUAUGAAACUGUGGUGAAGUUUUGUGUGCAUAGUUGGUGUGUUUUGGUUCUUCCUCUGCUCUUAGCUUCUGUCUUAUUUUGCUUGUAUAGGCUUGAUCCGAAACCUUUUGUUCUGUUACUGCUUGCAUACUAUACUUUUAUCACCUUUUGCCUUAAUAUUUUCAACAGUGAAUAUCCCAUGAAUGUCACACAAGAACUUCAAUUUACUGUUCUUCAUUA